ACGAAAUAUAUGCGUGGUUUUAACUUUCAGAGAUUUAUGAAGUCAGUUCUCCUACUCUGUGCUGUAAUACUGAUCGUGGUCCUGUUUAUAGAAGUAUAUAAACAAUUGCCUUUUGACCAAUAUGCCGUUUUUAGUCCUCGCCCAGGGAAACGGUUGGUUCUGGUGUUGACCUACCUUCGUAGCGGAUCGACAUUGACCGGGGAUAUUCUUCAGCAAUCUCCGAAAGCAUUUUACCUGUACGAACCCUUGAAACUCCAUAAAUCCAAAAUAUUUCUGGACGGCCAAGCAUGCGAAACAGCCAUGAUGAACUGUUCGCACUUUAACACUAGUAAAAUUGUAGAAGUUUUUGGCGAUCUCUUCCGCUGUCGUCUGCAAACACACAAACAGAAUAUUCUUGGUUCGCGGAAGCACAGUUUGGCGGUAAUGAGUGCAAUUCCUUACUGUAGAUCCAGACCAGGCUUUGACACGUGUAUGAAGAAGGUACAGACAAUUUGUCACCAGUCUCAGUCAGUUAUUGUCAAAACUAUCCGUCUGUCUAUGGAAUUUGUCCCGCGUCUUUUGUUGAAGUUCCCGGAUCUUCGUGUUAUUCACUUACUGAGAGAUCCUCGUGGAACUAUGGACUCCAGAAGACGUGGCGGAUUUCUUAGAAAAACGAAAAUCGGAUCGAGUGCUAAAUGGCUGUGUGAACGAAUCCAGAAAGACGCAGAAUAUUCAAAAGCUCUGCAAAGACGGUUUCCCAACCGGAUUAUAACAGUGCUAUACGAGGAGAUAGCCGGGAAUCCAAUAGCAAUGUCAAAUAAAUUAUAUAGAUAUCUGAAUUUAGAGUUCAGUGAUAGAUUUGACGAAUGGAUUUUUAAUCACACUUCCGCAGGGAACCCUAAUAAUUCCUUUUACGGAACGAUUCGCUCAAACUCUACUCUUACAUCACAAUCAUGGAGAAAGAGAUUGAAAUUAAGGGACGUAAAACUGAUAGAGGAAGAGUGUAAGAAUGUGCUUAAUUUACUCGGGUUCAGAAAGGUUGCUGAUGAGGAGGAUUUGAGAAAUAUGGACAAGAGUUUAAGAAUUCGUAGUUUACAAAUGUUGGUAUAAGUGUUUUGGAGUUAACCUGGAUCGUAUUUCUGCCGAUUUUGUAAUUACCAAAGACAGUCAUCAAGAAUGAAUGCUGAUAUGCAGCUUUAGAGUCUAAAGGCAUGGUCAAGAUAUUUUACUAAUAUUUCUCGACAAAACAAUUAAAAAAUAAAAGACAUUGGGGAAGAGGAGUACGAGUUGCUGACUCAUUCUAAAACGCCAAAAUUCUGGAAAUGAGAACAAUACAUAAGAUUUUGAAGUCAAAUCAGUUGAUAAAAUGGGGGAAACCAUGAAUUGCUGUAUAUGAUGUUUAGCCUACAUAUCAAGAGAAAAUAAUUAAUUAAUUCAACUCGCAUGAAUAUUCACAACUUGAAGUGACAUGUAGCCACUCGGUAAAUUCAAAAUUUACAAUACAACAGAAAUUAAUGUGUUGAUAAAUCUGUUAAUAUUAUCACAGACAUUUAGCGGUUGAAACCUUCCUUUUCAUUAAUAAAAAUAUUAUCCCCAUACUAUAAUAAGGCGGAUUCUCACCAAACUUGCCUCAAAACAACCAAAUAAGGCCAAAAUAAAAUUAUAGUUUGUUUGGAAUUGCCUCCCGCCUCAUUGAAAUGCCCCCUCCUGAAAAAAUUUUAUUGACCAAAAGUAGGAAGAUUUUUUUUUAUUUAAUCAAUUUUUUUUUUUUGCCCAUUACAUGUAUCACAUGCACCAUACAAAACACUGAAAUAAAGUGUCAGAUCUAUGUAAAAUUAGGUUUUCAAUAAAAAAAAAAUAAUUUCCCUCCCUCCCUCCUGGGUCUGAAACCCUUCAGGCAGCAAUUCCAAACAAACAAUUUUUUAAGG